AUGGCACGGAAGGUGAAGAAGGAAGCCCUGGCCUCUCCCAAAGCUGAAGCCAAAGCAAGGGCUUUGAAGGCCACAAAAGCGGUGCUGAAAGCCAUCCACAUGCGCCCCCAGGAGGAAAAAAGCUUGACCACUGUGCCAUCAUCAAGUGGCCCCCUGACUACCAAGUCAGCCACGAAGAAAAUAGAAGACAACAGCACACUUGUGUUCAUUGUGGAUAUCAAAGCCGACAAGCACCAGAUCAAACAGGCUGUGAAGAAGCUCUAUGACCCUGAUGUGGCCAAGGUCAACAUCCCGACCAGGACCGAGCAAGAGAAGAAGACAUACAUUCAGCUGGCUGCUGACUAUGAUGCUUUGGAUGUUGCCAACAAAAUCGCGAUCCUCGAAACUGAGACCAGCUAG